GAGGAAGGGAGAGAGAGAGAGAGGGGGGAGAGGAAGCGGAUUCGCUCGAUGGUCCCGAUCGGAGAGGCCCGCCACGAUCGACGCAAGGAUGCCUAACGAGAACGCGCCAGUGUGCGGGUGCGGAGUGGUGGUCGAUCUGCCCAAGUCGCGAAAUGGCGCGCUGUCCUCGAGACGGCUCACGAUCAGAAUACCCAAGUCGAAGGGUGGGAAAUCGGACGGGCGGGCUGCCAAGAACCAGCAGCAGGAGGACGCUCGUGGGAAGAGCAGAACUUCCGAAACAGGAAGUUGCAGCUCGGUGACGGAGCAAGCCAGACCGGUGACGAAAAGCAGCAAACACGAGAAGCGAUUGAAUCACUCGAGGAGGACCCGAAGCGCGGACAGGGCGGAGUCGCACUACACUUAUAUAGAGUCGGGGUCGAGCGUCCUUGGCGGUGGGAUAAGGGAGAACGCCAUACCGGAGGCGUUGUACGCCACCAUCCCAGACACGCCGAACGCGAGCGCCAACGAAACAGGAAAUGGUCAAUUAAACGCUCAAAGCAGACCGGUUUACGCCAUUCCCUCCAUGGUAUCGCCACCGCCCACCUACGACGUGGCCAUCUCGAAAACAUGGCAGACCGGUCUCCCGCCCACCUACGAGGAAUACCUGUGCCACAAGUACGCCAUGAUCUCUCGAUCCCACACACCACCGCCGCCAUGGUCCGACUCGACGUCGACGACCACGACGACACCGACAGCGCCCACCGUUCAAACUCGUCGCGAAUUGUUGGCGAGUCAACCAGAGCUGAGGGAAUAUCUUGCGCAAUUGUCGCUCUCUCAGAACAACGACAGGUCGGCCGGCCAUCACCACCACCACCACCACCACCUCCUCCACCACCAGCCAACCGUGCUCAGAGACAGCAGCUAUCUCUCGAAUCAGCAAGCCUCGAGGGAGCAAGCGAGGGCGCAGCAACGUCCACGAGCCAUGCCUCCCAGAUCCCAGAGCGAGAGCCGCGUGCAACAGCAGAGAAUCGCGACCAUGUACGAGGAUGGGGCGUUCUGCAUGGAAACGACCGCGCUGCAAUCGGCGUUCGAGAAUGGGAUAGCCUUGUGCAGCCUGAUGUAAUCGUCGAAACGAGGAAGGAUGAUCCCAGGAAUG